CGGUUUGUUUACAUUCUCACAGUUUCUUUUUUUUGUUUCUUCUCUCAAUUAUUUUAAUUAAUUUUCUUUUUUCUCAUUGUUUCUAAUUGAAAGAUGAUUUUGUUGAUCAGGAAUCUGUUUCUUCUGAUUACCUUUGCCUAUUUGGUUUCAUCUCGUAUCGAUAAAGUUGGACGAUUGGUUGGUGGAUGGUCACCCAAAGAUGUAAACCAUGAAAGUGUUAAGGAAAACGCAAAAUUUGCUACCAAAACUCUUAAUGAUCGUUCAAAUGAUGCUCAUUAUGAAAACUUGAUCCAUAUUCAUGAAGCUUUAUCACAAGUAGUUUCUGGAGUUAAAUAUAACAUUACCAUGGACAUAGGAAAGACAACUUGUCGUAAAAACGAAGUGGAAUCAGAUAAACUUGAACAAUGUUCGCUUGAUCAAAAAUCUACAAUUAAACGAUGCAAAAUUACUGUUUUGUCAAGGCCUUGGCUCAAUGAGACACGUUUACUUCAUUCGGAGUGUUCACCUUUCCUUAAUUAUCCAGAAUAUUUUAAUGAGAAACGUAUUGCCGAAGAUAAAGCUUAUCAUCGUAUUGAGGAGGCUCCUUUCAUGUAAUUAAAACAAUCAACAUCAACUUCUCAAUUUGAUUUUCCAAUAAUCUUCAUCAACAUUUAACCAAAAUCAUUUGGUUAAUCAUAAUAAUACCUUGAAAUUAGACUUUAACCGAAUCAAAUGUAUGAAUCAAUUUCAUUGUUUUUUUUAAACGUCACAAUUUCUACAAUUUAUUGAUCAUUAAUCAUGUUUUUAAUAAUCAAAUCUAAACAAGUUCCACUACAAGAGUUGCUAAUCAUCUAAUAUCAUGACAAUUGUUUUUCUCGAAUAAAUUUUUCUCACUUGAAUUGAA